GUUGCAAAAUCUUUGAACUAGUUUACGUUUAGGUUAGCCAAGCUAUUGAAACCUUUGUUUUUGAGCUUUAUGUAUGUAUCUUCUGGUAAAGCCUGUGUGAAUAUUUUAUUCUAAUCGUGACUGAUUUGAUGCUUGACUCGCCAAACAAAUGAGCUCAAACACUAGCCAGCUAGUGUUCAACAUGCUUGCAGGUCCACUUGUUAGUAUGCCUAUUAUUGAUUCUUUGAGUAUUAUACUGAGAGGUUUGGAAAAGUUGAAAAACAAAGACUUAAAGGAUGACUUGUUAUUCUUCAGUAGCCUUACAUUAUGCCCAUCACCAGUUCUUUCUUUGAUUUAGCUUGAUUGUUAUCGUUUUCAAAUGUGUUUGAAACAUAGCAUGUAAUCAUAGAAAGCAUGUGCAUUUAUAUAGUAUACAUCGAACAUCAUCCAUAUUUCUAGCUUAUGAGCUCAUGUUUUGGUAUACGUAUGUAUACCUUCUGGUAAAGCUUGUGUGACAAUUAAUUUUAAUGGCGACUGAGUUGAUGUUUGACUCGGCAAACAAAUGAGCUCACUCAAACCAUAGCCAGUGAGGGUCCAACAUUCAGCAUCAUACUGACAGGUGAGAAAAAGUUAAAAAACAAAGACUUAUUAUUUUUCCGUAGACUUGGAUUUGAAUUUACUAGAUUUAUUAUGAAAAAGGCUGAAAAACAGUUGUGGACAGUAUAGACUGGUGUUGAUUGACACUACUGCUCAUUAAAUUUUCCACAAAUUGAUGAUAAAUGCCCCAAGUCUUUACAACACACAAUUUACUGAUGAUUUCUUUGGGGCAUAUCAUGGCUUCAUUACUAUUACUGCUUGCCUUUUCCUUUCUUCAAUUUAUCCAUACCAGGGUUGAUGGUGCGUCCAGUCAAUCUAUAAGCUUGGGUCAUUCAAUUGUAGCUGGUGCACAAUCAAGUGAUGCAUGGUAUUCACAGUCUGAGCUGUUUGCAUUCGGGUUUUAUCCCCAAGGCACUGGGUAUGUGGUUGCAAUCUGGUUGGUGAUCGAUGAAGAAAAUCCUGUUGUGUGGACUGCUUAUCGAGAUGAUCCACCCGUUUCACCAAAUAGCACACUAGAACUUACCCAUAAAGGGGAAUUGGUUUUAUUCUCCGACGAACGUGUUAUUAAGAUCAUUGCAGUCAAUGUUUCCUAUGCUGUGAUGAAUAACAGUGGAAAUUUUGUACUGUACAAUGAUGAUAUGGGUGUAGUGUGGCAGAGUUUUGACUUUCCUACCGAUUCCAUGUUACAAGGCCAGAAGCUGUCUGCUGGGAGUGAAUUGGUUUCAAGUGUCUCUAAAACCAAUUACUCUAGUGGACGUUUUCGUAUCAAGUUGCAGAUGGAUGACAAUAUUGUUAUGUAUCCAACAAACACAGAUGACACAAGUAUAAAUGCUUACUGGGCUAGUGGCACCUAUGACUUUGCAUUCAAUAACUCAAAGAACUACCUGUACCUUAACAAUACCGGGUUACUGCUUAUAAAUGGAAGUAACUCACAAGUCAAGAGGCCUCUUUAUACCGAUAAUCUUUAUCCUGCCAUACGCCGUGUGACACUUUGUGAUGACGGAAUAUUUCGGCUAUAUUCUUACAAUCACACUAACUCCACCCCUUCCACAGUAUGGGAAGUGCCAGUUCAACGUUGUUAUGUGAAGAACUUCUGUGGAUUAAACAGCUAUUGCACUAUGAAUGAUGAUCAGCCUUACUGUGUUUGCCUGCCAGGUUCUGAUUAUAUAGAUCUUACUCAGAAAUCUAGUGGCUGCCAGAGGAAUUUCACAAAAGCAACAUGCAUAAACGGGAAAGAAAACACGACAGAUUACAAGAUGGUCACCAAAGAGAAAUUGAUGUGGAGAAGCCAUCCAUACUAUCAGGGCCUCACUGACAACAAAGAGGACUGCAGCAAUACCUGUUUGGAGGAUUGUGAUUGUAAUGCUGCUCUUUGGAAAGAAGAUGAAUCUUACUGUGAGAAACACAAGUACCCAUUGCGGGAUGUAAGAAGAGUUUAUGCUGAUGAUGAGAUAUCUACGGCUUUCUUCAAGGUGGGCACGGUAAGCCUAUAUGGCCAAGCUAAUGAUUCCUUUAACUCUAGUUCAGUAGAGGUGCCACAAGGGGUGGUGAAGAAGACAUGGGUUCUGAUUCUUGUUAUAACCAUCGGGUUUUCCAUCUAUUCAUGCAUUUCCCUAAGUUUGUCUGGAUUUUUCGUAUUUAAAACCCGUCUUCUGAAGUACAAGAGACUGUUGGAAAGUAGAACUAUGGGGUUGGCUGAAGACCUCAUCCUAAGAUCGUAUACUUACAAUGAGCUUCGAAAGGCAACUAAUGGGUUCAAGCAAGAGUUAGGAAGGGGUUCAUUCGGAACGGUCUAUAAAGGGUGUAUUUACAAGGGGAAUAAAACGAUAGCAGUGAAGAGACUUGAGAAGGUGGUAGAUGAAGGCGAGAGAGAAUUCCGAGCUGAAAUGCAAGUGAUUGGAAAAACCCAUCACAGAAAUCUAGUCCGGCUGCUCGGUUAUUGUGCAGAAGGUAAAUCCGAGAGGCUUCUUGUUUAUGAGUACAUGAGCAAUGGAACCCUUGCUGACCGUCUGUUUAAAUCAGAAAGGCUACCAGACUGGUCUGAGAGAGUGCAAAUCGCGCUUGACGUUGCAAGAGGAAUCCUUUACCUUCAUGAAGAAUGUGAAUCACCCAUCAUUCAUUGUGACAUAAAGCCCCAAAACAUUUUAAUGGAUGAUUUCUGGACUGCUAAAAUCUCUGACUUUGGAAUGGCCAAACUACUCAUGCCAGAUCAAUCUAAGACGUUCACAGAUGCUCGAGGCACUAGAGGGUACUUGGCACCUGAGUGGCAGAAAAACAUCCCAAUAUCAGUGAAGGUUGAUAUUUUCAGCUAUGGGAUCGUGUUGCUUGAAAUCAUAUGUUGCAGAAGGAACUUGGAAGUACAUGUAUCCAAUACAGAAGAAAUUGUGCUCUCUAAUUGGGUUUACAAGUGCUUUGAAAGAGGGCAAUUGGAGCUGCUUGUUACCAAUGAAGAAGUGGAGAAGGAGAGUUUGGAGAGGCUUGUUAAAGUAGGACUUUGGUGCAUCCAGGACGACCCUGCUCUCCGUCCCACUAUGAAGUGUGUGGUGUUGAUGUUAGAAGGGAUCACAAACAUUGCUACUCCUCCCUGUCCAACUUCCACAUGAUUGGUCAAAGGCAGCCCAAUUGUUCCAGUUGCUUGUAUUUCAGACACUAUAAAUGGUUAAUUUGGAGAUCUUGAUCACUUUAAUAUUGUUAAGAAUUUGAGUUUUCCUAACUGCUGGAAAACAUGUUGAUUUGAUUACCUGUUUUCAUCUACUUAUGACUCUUGGUCUGUAAUUUGUACUUUGGCUUUUCAUUGUC